GCCGCAAAUAAAAUAUUUUUUCUAGAACAUUCUAUCACAAUCGUAUGGAGAUAGUGCCAUGAGUAUAAAUAAGAUGUUUCAUUGUGUUGGAGUCAGUCUCUUCCACUGCCAGCAAGAGAAAAACCAGCUCUGAAGAACAAAUACUAGUAUCUGUUAAAAAAAAAAAAUUGUGCCUUAACAAAAAAUAGAGAAAACCAAUAACAAAAAUACAAGAUCUACCUUUGAAUACUCUGAGGGCUAUAAAGAAGGCAAAAAUAGUCAAUUCCAAAUUCGGAGAAUCAGUUUUAUUGGAUUUAGAUACAGAAGUAGUGUUUUUACCGCAAAGAGUCACAAGUGUCUACAAACCAGUCAUUGAAGAAUUUGAAAAGGAAAAAUACGGAAUUAUAUUCAAGGGAUUAGUGGAUGUUGGAAAAAAUCAACGGCUAGCGUCAUUUGAAAUUGAGGAACUAUAGACGUGCCUAAGACACACACACAGAGAGAGAGAGAGAGGGAGGUGAGUACCAUGAAUAUUGUAAAAAAAUCUGAAAAUUUACUGCAAGUCAUUAAAAAUGUCAGAAAAAUAUUGUUUGAUAAGAUAACGGAUAGAGAUGUGGAAAUUUGGUUGAAUCGAUUGAAAAAACAAAUUAAAGUAUGUAAUUUGGCAAUUAAAAAAGGAGGACUGCAUGUAGGUACAAUUAGGAAAUUACAAACAUACAUAGGACAUUUCAAACAUUUUAAACAACUUAUUUCAAAUAGGAAUAUAGGUAUGGGGCUGAAUAAUAAACUGAAAAAUAGGGUUAAAUGGGAAAAUGUAGCUUCUGCAUUUACAAGCAGAAUUAAAACUGGACUUAUAGUAAAUUUAUAUCAUAAGGACUUAACGCAAUUUUUAAAUGAUUGUCAAAUAAUUUUUAAAAAUAAAAUAAGGGAAAUUUUUAGGAAAAAAUAUUCUGUUGUUAAAGUUUAUGUUUGUUUUUGUGGAGAGUUCAUUAAAAAAUCUGGUGAAAAUGAAAUUUCUAGUUUCCAUUAUUUUAUGACUAAAAAUUCUAUUAUCGAUGUAUCGACCGAUAUAGAGCGAUGGUUUUUCGAGAACGUCAAAGAUAAAAUUAAUUUUAAAUUAUCAGAAUUUCAAGAGAGGGACUCUGGUUUUGCAUUAAGUAAAAUUAUUUCUUUAGAAGUAAAUAUCAAUAAAUUUGAAAUUGGAAACGGCUCAUCUUAUAUUAAACUUCCAGAACCUAUUCAAAAAAAGCAAGGGUGCAUAAACAUUAAAAAUUCUGACCAAGCAUGUUUUUAUUGGUCAAUUGUUAGUGCUUUGUACCCAGCCAAAAAUCAUAAAGAACUCACUUCCUCAUAUCCAUAUUAUAGCACAGUCUUGAAUACACAAGACUUGGAAGCUCCGAUGCCCCUGCAUCAAAUUUCAAAGUUUGAAAAAUCUAAUAACAUUUCCGUCAAUGUCUAUGCCUUGGAUUUAAUUGAAAUAAAUAAUAAAAAACCAUUUUACAAAGUAUAUCCAGUAAGACUUGCUAAAUCAAUACACGAGAAACAUGUAAAUCUUUUAUUAAUUCAAAAUACAUAUUUUCCAAAGCUAAACGAUUAUGAAGCACCUCCUAUAGAUAAUGACAAUUCAGAAAUCACAUAUCACUACUGCUGGAUCAAAGAUUUGUCACGUUUAAUUAAUAGUCAGUUAAGUAAAACUACAUAUAAAAAAUUUAUUUGCAAUCGCUGCAUAAAUUAUUUCAGUAGUGAAAGUAAAUUGAAUGUCCACUUGAAAUUAUGCUCUGAAUUAAAUAAUUAUAAAAUGUCUUUUCCAAAAUAUGAAUCUGUUAGUUUUAGAAAUUAUAUAUACAAACAAACUACGCCUUUUGUAGUUUAUGCCGACUUUGAGUGCAUGCUAGAACAAUUUACAGAUAAAACACAGCUUCAUAAUAAGACAAAUAGAUAUCAAAAACAUAUAGCAUAUAGUGCUGGUUACUAUGUAAAAUGUAGCUACAACGAAGACUUUAGUUUUUUCAAGAGCUACAGAGGUAGAGAUUGCAUGGAUUGGUUUGCAAAUGAAUUAUCGAAUUUAGCUGAAAGUAUUAAAUCAGAAAUUAAAACUAUUACACCUAUGGAAGAAAAACCAGAUUUACGUGUGGCAACAAUGUGUCACAUAUGUGAAAAGGGUUUUUCCUCUACAGAUAUCAUUGUUAGAGAUCACGAUCAUUUUACGGGGAAGUUUAGAAAUUUUGCACAUCAAGCAUGCAAUUUAAAUUUCAAAAAACUGUUUGUUGUACCUACAGUUUUCCAUAACUUAAGUAACUACGAUAGCCAUUUCAUCAUUUCGGAAUUAAGUAAAAGAGGAAACAUCAGUUUACUCCCCAUAAAUAAAGAAAAAUACAUUUCAUUUACACUUAACGAUUCAGAUACAAAUAUAAAGUUUCGAUUCAUAGAUUCACUGAGGUUUUUGGGUGCUUCCUUGGAAGAAUUAGCUGCCACAUUGAAUGAUAAUGAUUUAAAAAUUUCCAAAAGAGAAUUUAGUAAUUUAAGUGUCGAACAAUUUUAAUUAAUAGCCAAAAAAGGGGUUUUCUGUUACGAUUUUAUAGAUAGUUGGGAAAAAUUAAAUACUUGUGAACUACCACCAAUAGAGGCAUUUUAUAAUAAAUUGGAGGAUAAAAACAUCAGUAUUGAGAAGUAUUCUCAUGCUCAUGCAGUGUGGAAAUCAUUUGAUAUUGAAAAUUUGGGUCAGUAUUCUGAUCUGUACUUAAAGACCGAUGUUUUACUUUUAUCAGAUGUUUUCGAACAAUUUCGAAGAAAAUGUUCAAUUACUUAUGGUUUAGACCCUGCAUGGUACUAUACAAUGCCUGGAUAUACUUGGGACUGUAUGUUGAAAUAUGUAGGAUGUAAAUUAGAGUUAUUGCAUGACGUAGACAUGAUCAUGUUUAUCGAGAAAGCAAUUCGAGGAGGAAUUUCGGUUUGUAGCAGUAGAUUAUCGAAUGCUAACAAUAAGUACAUGUCUGAAUAUGAUUCUACAAAACCCUCAAAGUACUUACUCUACCUGGACGUCAAUAAUUUAUACGGGUGGGCUAUGUGUGAACCAUUACCAUACGGAGGAUUUGAAUGGUUAGAUAAUGAAAAUUUUGAUGUUAUGUCUGUGGCAGAUAAUUCUUCCGUAGGAUAUAUAUUACAAGUAGACUUGGAGUAUCCACAUGAAUUACAUGAUCUUCACAGAGAUUUUCCAUUUGCUCCCGAACACCGCAAGCCUGUAGGCUCAAAUUAUUCCAAAUUAAUGACAACGCUUUAUUGUAAAAAAGAAUACACAGUUCACUAUCGUAAUUUAAAACAAAUGUUAGCCAACGGUUUGAAAAUUAAAAAGAUACAUAAAAUUCUGAAAUUCAAUCAAUCUGCAUGGCUGCGGACCUAUAUCGAACUAAAUACUCGUUUGAGGGCUGCAGCUACCAAUGACUUUGAGAAAAAUUUAUAUAAAUUGGCAAAUAAUGCUGUGUUUGGAAAGACGAUGGAAAAUAUACGGAAGCACCGAAUUGUAAAACUUGUUAAAACCUGGAAUGGUCGAUACGGCGCCAAAAAUUUGAUAUCUAGUGUUAGGUUUCAUAGUCGAACAGUUUUUAAUGAAAACCUAAUUGCAGUAGAACUCACUAAAUCAGAAUUGGUUUUCAAUAAGCCUCUUUAUGUUGGUAUGACAGUUUUGGAUUUGUCGAAGCUGUGUAUGUAUCAAUUCCAUUAUGAUUACAUGAUUCCGAAAUUGGGUAUUGAUAGAUGUAAAUUAAUGUACAUGGACACAGACAGUUUUGUGUAUGAGCUCAUCUGUGAUGAUGCAUAUGAGGAGGUACUAAAAGCUGAUUUAACAAAAUUCGAUACUUCAGAUUACCCCAUCAAUAAUAACUAUAAUAUUCCACAGGUGAAUAAAAAAGUUCUGGGAGUUAUGAAAGAUGAAAACAAAGGCCAAAUUAUGACUCAUUUUGCAGGCUUGAGGUCUAAAAUGUAUUCUUUUAAAGUUCAAUCAGGUGCAAUAGUAAAAAAGGCAAAAGGAGUUCGAUAUAAUGUAGUAAAAAACAAAAUAAAUUUUGAAGAUUAUGUAAACUGUUUAAAUGAUUUCAAAGAAAAAAAUAUUACUCAACGCUGUAUUAGGUCAUAUGCUCAUAACGUAUAUAGCAUAGAACAGACAAAAAUUGCGCUAAGUCCUCAUGACGAUAAAAGAUAUUUGAUUACCAAUAGUUAUGAUACGCUGCCGUGGGGUCAUUAUAGUAUUCCAGACUUACUCUCUUGUAGAUAAUGAACUCCUCAACAUUAAUGGAAUUAUGCAUCAUAAAAAUUUGUGAAACGAUAAAGUCAGCAGCCGAUUUCGCAGAGCAAUCCCCUCUUCCUCGGAAAUUGACCAAAAAAAUUGUGAAAAAAUUUCCUGUUUACAAAUGGAAUGUGAUGAUAAAAGAGGCUGAGAGUAAUCCAAAUUCUUCAUCUAUUGGAAUAGAAUAUAUUGACUAUAAUAAAGAAAUACCGUUAUAUUUAAGAAACACUAUAUUAAGUAAAACAAAUUGGGGAGAUAUGUUUGAAGAAUCUACCUACUGCGUAUGGUCUAGUGGAUAUUGGCUUCCACAAUAUCGUAUAAAUGUUUGUAAAUCAUGUUAUUUUGUAUUUAGAACGGUCCAUAAAUAUUUAAAAAAGAACAUUUUUGUUAAUUAUGAUCACUGUCAUGAAGUAUUUGAUGGUGACGAAAUUGUUGAAUGUGUAUAUCAAGAAAUGUCCUAUUGGUGUCAGAGUUGUUUUAACAAAGUCUUAUUCAUGAUAAAAUCACAUGAGUCCUGUAUUAAUAAUUUACAUGAGAUGCCUAGAAAUAAUCGUUUUGAUGAUUCUGAUGACAGUGACAUUGAUACUUUUGAGGCCGCUAUGCAGUAAAAACAAUAUUCAUGGAAUGUAUCUCUCUCUCUCUCUCUCUCUCUCAUAAAUGUAGAAUAUUGUCGUUUUCUUAUAAUAAAAUUAUAAUAAAAUUAUUUUUAAAAUUCUUGUGUUUUUUUUGUUAGUUUCCAAUAUAUCUUUAUGUAAUAGCAGUAAAACAAUAUUCAUGAAAUGUAUCUCUCUUGUCGUUGCGUCAAACGUCACAUCGUUACGUCAAACGUCACGUCGUUACGUCAAACGUCACGUCGUUAAGUCAAACGUCAAGUGCUGCGUCAAACGAUCAUCAAACGUAUCUACGUAUGAGAAUGUUCUCUUUCGUAAUAUGUCUUCAGAAGAGUACAGACGUCGAAUUGAAGAGUUUAUUAAUAGCAUUGGUGAAUUAAAGAAAGAUAUUGCUUUCUAUGGAGAUAAAAGUGAGGUUAUGAAACAAAUGCAGAAUCUUAGUUUAUUUGAUAAGAAAGUGACGUGGAGCAGUCUUCACUUGGUGCCUAAAGAAGAGGUCCAUCAGUUGGCCCGUAGACUGCCGCAAACUACUUAUCCGUUAAGACGUAUUCAACCUACACCAUGUUCAACAGAACAGAAGGGGAUAUAAAAAAUGAAAUUAAUUCUGUUUUUGCUAUGUCAUGUGUAAUAUUAGUGGCUGUAUUUGUUUUAAUUUUAAAAAUUAUUUUGAAAAUUGUAAAACGAAAAUUCCAAUCUUCAUGUAAUAUAAAAG